GUGGGUGUGUUUUAUUUCUUAUCUUAACAUUUUUCUUAUAUUAAAUGUGUCUUCUCUACAGGCUCAGGUAUAUAUACCUGAACACCAACCAGCAUGCUGCCUGAGACUCCCCUCCAGCAGUGAUGCCAGCCUUCAGGCCUCCUGCUCCUCUCCUCUGUGUGCUGCUGUGUGUGUCGGUGGCUCUGCAGCGCUCUGACCUGCGCCUGGCUUAUGUGACCCACAACAGCUUUUUCUACUACUCCUGCAGCCAGGACCCUCAACCCUGCAGCGUCCCAUCACUUACAGACUGCAGAUGCAAGGACAUUCAGCUUUCCACGCUGCACCACCCCCAGUCGCACUCGUCUCCUGUCUUCCGGAUGAGACGUUUAACUGUUUGGUUUACGUCGCCACUGAACACGGCACGUCUGCUCAACAACUCUGAGGUGAGGCACCUCACUCUGAUCCACUGUGGUCCUGGAGGAUCCAGGGGGACGCCUUCUUCUUCGCUGGAGGGACAUUUUGCUGUGCAGCACCUGGAGAGGGUGACGGUGAUAAGCCUGCCGCAGAAGCCGCUUCACCACUGUCCAGAUGCAAACAGAGCCAGGAAUACAGACUCAAACGCGGACCCAGAUAACAGUGCUCACCUAGACACAAAUAGAUACAAGGAUAGAGACACAUAUCUGGACCUGAUCGUGGACAUGAAGAGAGAAUCCUUGGGUUUGUCCCCGUCCCAGAUACAAGACAUCUUCCUGGGCAGGGAGCUGGGAGCAGCGUACCAUGAACAGGCCAGACUGGGGAUCAUCCACAGCUCUGUGCUGGAGUGGGGAGCAGCGGUCAAAGCCUACACAGUCCAGACACACAUAGACAGUGAUGGUGUUCUUCCCUUUCCUGACCUCCACCUGCCGAAAUUACCAGAGACAUCUGUCAUAUAUGUCAGCUUUGUGUACUAAUACCAAGUAACUUUUUGAAGGGUGCAGGUGGGAACAACAGGAGAAAGAGGAGCCUGGAAACAACCACUGUCUUGCUCUCAACUGAGUGUCAGUUUUGGAUUAAAUCUGAUCCUGACCUCUGACCUCCGACCUCUAGUCUACAAGCAAAAGAAAGCAGAAACACACACAGUUAUUUAUGGAUGGCAUCUGUGAUACAAGUGGAGCUCCAAGUACAUGCGAAACACAUGUAUACUUACAAAAUUGAACCACAAGAUGGCGGCAGAUACAUCUGAGUCAACCAGACUAGACCUGAAGAGUUGAGGAAGGACUGAGCAGAGCAUGAGGGGAAAGGUUGUUUUUUUCUGUUAUUUUUUUAAGUUAGGUGAACGCUUAAAGAAUUCAGUUAACCUUACAUUGAACAUGUGUCCUGACACGUCAGCACUUUAAAAGCUUGUGAGGAAUGUUGUGUUGUAGGACAGAGGUACAUUGCCUGAUAUUUAUUUGUUUAAAAUAAGUAAAAUGAACAAUGUCACCGCUUACAUUUGUUUAUACAACAAAAACAUAAAUAAAUAAUUGACUUAUCAUUCAUGUCUUGUGAAUUUAAUUAUGAACAUAAUUUGUCAUAUUUUGUGUCUAUACUAAAUCAUAAUAAAAG